AUGGUGCACUGGGGGACGGUCUUCGUGACGGUGACGGCGUCGAGCUUCCUGCUGGGGCGGCGCGAGCUGCCCAAGAUCGGGCGCUUCUUGGGGCUCUACAGCGGCCGCUCCGUGGGCGCCAUCCUGCGCGCCAAGAAGGAGUUCUUCGACGCCACCAAGGACAACGACCUGGUCAAGCUUCAACGCGAGUUCCAGCGCGGCAUCGAGGAGCUCAACGAGAUCCGCUCCGAGCUCACGACCGUCGGCAACAUGCGUCGCCCCCUGCAGCCCUCAGGAGUGCCGUCAUCUGCCCCUAAAGGCGCCACAUUUGACCACUCAGCCGCAGCAGCUACGAAUGCUACUGGUGCGGCAUCCGUAACAUCGACGCCGGCAGCGGACCAGGCGCAGUCUGCAGGCCGCUCCAGUGUGUCGCUGGCCUCGGCGGCCGCGUACGAGCUGCAGGACGGUGUGCGGCGCAGUGCCGAGGCGAGUCUGGCCAUGGCUGAGCUGAAGCUGGCGGAGCAGGGCAAGUUCGCCCCCAGAGUGGAGAGUCAAGAGGGCGGCGCUGACUACGUGUCCGCCAGCAUCAUGGACAGCCUGCUGCUGGACCAGAAGAAGACCCACAAGACGAAGGGUUGA